UCUGGAUAGUUCAGCAGUUCAGAAUCAAGUUUUUUGUGUAUAUUGUACUUUUUGGAAUCAUUUUACAAUUUAUAAUGUCUUGUGGCAUCUUCAAUAUUUCCCUUAAUAUCAAAUGUAUUCCAGCAAGAGCGAUUAUUUGCAUCAUGCUCUUCACUGCUUGCUACACAAGUUAUGUGUGUCGAUUGCAGAUGCCUAUUUUAGCAAUUUCUAUGAUUAACACCACGAAAGUAGAUGGAAGAGAUGUUUACAGAGCGUUUAGUUUUUUUUCUGGCGAACCGUUUUAUUGGUCAAAUCAUAUGAGAGGACAAGUAAUAGCUGCGUACGGUUAUGGAAAUGUCAUAGGAAAUUUACUUGGUGGUAUCAUGGCUCUAAAGUACGGUCCUCGAAGAGCGAUUCUUUGGACAUCCCUUAUAUCAGCAACUAUAUGUUUGAUGUCACCCAUUUUGGCACAAGCACAUUAUGGUGCUUUGAUUUUAUCGAGGAUAAUCGUAGGACUUGCAGGAGGAGCUACAUUUCCAUCGUGUCACACUAUGGUGGCUAGAUGGGCACCGCCAAAUGAAAGAAGCAGAUUUGUUUGGUCCCUACAAGGUGGUUCGUUGGGUACAAUUAUUGCAAUGCCAAUGGUCUCAGCGAUUGCUGAAUACAUUAAUUGGGAAACUGGGUGGUAUUUACCAUCCUUACUUAUGUUUGCAUGGAUUGCGGCAUGGGCACUUUUUGCAUACGACUCACCUGGAGAACAUCCCUUUAUUACAAAUGAAGAGAAAGAAUAUAUUUUAAAAGCGCAGGCGAGCAGUGGACAAUCUCGGCAACAUACCCUGAAAGAAACUCCAGUGUUAGAAAUAUUGACGUCAGUACCAUUCCUCUGCCUAGUAAUCAGCCACUUUGGAAACCUGUUUCUUUUAUUCUUCUAUCAAAAUUCAAUUAUGCUCUAUCUCACUCAAGCCUUGGGAUUUAAUUUAACAAAAGGCGGAUUUAUGUCUGCAUUACCUCCGUUAGGACGAAUGCUGUUUGGGUUUUUCUUUGGUUGGGCAGGAGAUACAAUUAAGAAAAAGAAAUUGAUGUCCUUAACAUUACUUAGAAAGACUGCUACGAUUUUCUCGCAUUUAGUGCCAGGAGUUCUUUUGAUACUUUUGGGUUACGUGGUUACCAACCGAGGUGAUAACCAGCUGGUACUGGCUAACACAUUUCUCACUUUGGCGCUUAGUUUUAAUGGAGCAGCAGUAAUAGCUAACCUAUCAAAUAAUCAAGAUCUAUCGCCAAACUAUGCAGGAUUUCUCUUUGGCAUCAUGAAUACAGUAGCAACCACGUCUGCAUUCAUUGGUCCUAUUCUCGUAGAGGCUAUAGCAGGAUCAUCACAUGAAAUUGGACAGUGGCAAACGAUUUUUUGCAUUGGUGCAGGCAUAUGCUUUCUGAGCACGAUUAUUUUUAUUCUUGGAGGAAGUGCAAAUGUUCAAAAAUGGAAUGACAACAAUGUACCAGCUGAUGUACCAGAUAAUGUACCAGAUGAAUAGUAAUAAAAGGGUAGA